AACAAAUUGGGGUCCUCUUUUUUUUGUCCAAUGCUAGCCACCCUAACGAGAAUCGCAGACAGAUUAUUUUUCGCCAUAUAUAUAAACUCUAACAACAAUAACGUCAGUAUAUUCAGUUUUAGACUGUCAGAGGAAUGUUAAACCAAGUGAGGUUUAAUCGGUGUGGCCAUUUACGUCCCUAGCGGUCCAUUAUUUGUGUUUUUUACUUGUAUCGACGAAGGGUGUUUUCUUGGGUCGCCGCCACACAGCCGAAUCGUAACAAAAUCAGACAUUUUGAUAGUCAACCUCAACAUUAGCGAGUGGGUUUCGUUUGAAGGGAGACAUCGUUUUACAUUGAAACCGGGAAGUGUAAAUGAGCAGAAAUGUCUGGAAUUGCUCUGAGCAGACUGUCCCAGGAACGCAAAGCCUGGAGGAAAGACCACCCGUUUGGGUUUGUGGCUGUGCCUACCAAGAAUCCUGAUGGAACCAUGAAUCUGAUGAACUGGGAGUGCGCCAUUCCUGGAAAGAAAGGAACCUUGUGGGAGGGAGGACAGUAUAAGCUCAGAAUGCUCUUCAAAGACGACUACCCCUCCUCGCCGCCCAAAUGCAAGUUUGAGCCACCAAUAUUCCAUCCGAAUGUCUACCCAUCUGGCACCGUGUGUCUGUCCAUCCUGGAGGAGGACAAAGACUGGAGGCCCGCCAUCACCAUCAAACAGAUCCUGUUGGGAAUCCAGGAGCUGCUGAACGAGCCCAACAUUCAAGACCCAGCACAAGCAGAGGCUUACACAAUUUACUGUCAGAACCGGAUGGACUAUGAGAAGCGGGUCAGGGCCCAGGCCAAGAAGUUUGCACCCGCAUAGAUCAGACUGGGGGGGGGGCCUCCUCCCCACCCUGGCCGACCUGAGAGAGACAAACACACAGGUGACAAACAGGACCACCCACUCCAACAAGAAUCCACGUUUCAGUAUCUUUUAAUAGGUGCCAUGAUAAAAAAAUUAAUCCCGACACUUUGGUAUAUUGGUUGUAAGAUCAAGAGUUGCUAGGUAUUAAGGAAGCUAGGCUCCGUCCAGCAAAGGAAAAAAAAAAAAGGGGGGGGGGGGGCAAAGCGCAAGAAAAAGAGGCAGGUAGGUCACCACUUUGCAGUUUUAAUUCAUGGAAAAUCUCUUUUGGGAACGAGCAAGAAGCCGGAGAGUUUUUGCCUCUACAUAAACGAGCGCAUGUACAUAUUAUAAAUAAAAAAAAAAAAUGUGGAAGUUAUGUUUUAUAUUGUUUUAGCCUGUUGACGUGUGUGGUAUUAUCAUGCAGAACACAAAUUGCGUACUAUUGUGAAAUAAACUUGAAUAAAACAACAAUAGUCAAUGAG